GUCCGAGGGGGGCGGGGCAGCGGGCCCGGCCGGCGAAGUGGGAGCGGCGCGGUGCGGCGUUCGUUCUUCGUCGCUGAGGCGGGGAGCGGCCCUUUGCCCGGCGCGAUGCGGGGAGGGCUGGGGCUGCUGAGGCGGCGGCGGCGACCGGGGUGAGCGGCGGGGCGAGGGCUGUGUGGCGGGCCGGGUUGCUAGGGGCGACUCCUCCGCCUUCCCAAUGGCUCGCGUGAGGCGCGCAGGGCAGCCGCCUGACGCGCGUCCUCUGCUCGGCAUCGGUUGCUUCCAGCGGGGCUUAACUCCCAGGGAAGCGCGUGCAUGUCUGUGUCGUAGAGAGAUUGCAUGAUCCCCAAUGAAAGGGCUGGUGCUUAUUUAACUGCCGGCAGUAAUAAUAAUAAUAAUAAUAAUUUAUUAUUAUUUGUACCCUGCCCAUCUGGCUGGGUUUCUCCAGCCACUCUGGGCGGCUUCCAACAAAGAUUUUAAAAAAUACAUUAAAAAGUCACACUGGUAGGGUUUUAAUAGAUGCAAAUGGUGUAUGCAUGAAUGUAAGGGUGCUUGGAAUGCGUUUAUUAAAAAUGCAGUGGCUUGUUAGCAAUUGUGUACUCGCUGGGGAAACCUAGUCAGAUGGAUUAUUAUCAUCGUCAUAUAUGCAGUGCUUUUUUUCUUUAAAAAAAUGUUUAGGGGUGCUCUCAUUUUCCUACUCAUAUUGAAAUACAGCCCCUCAAUGAGGCCAAACUUAGAUUCACAAAAUGUGUAGGGGUAUGCGUACCCCCAGAAAAAAGCACUGCUUAUAUACCUAUCUAUAGUAUCCUAUUACAGUUUCAAGUAUCUUUUUUGUUUUUUCAUUUCUUUCACUUAACUUGUCCACUAAAAUUUUCCAACAAAACAUAAAUUUAAAAAACCACAUACACACACAUACACAUAGUUUUAAUUCUGUUGUUAUCAUUACUUACAGACCUAUAUAUUGCAUUGUAUUAAUUUCAAACACCUUUUUUGUUUCUUUUCUUGCAUUUCUUUCACUUGUCCACUGAAAAUUUUCAACAAAACAUACAUUAAAAAACCACAUAGAGAUUUUUAAUUCUGUCAAUGUUUAAUUGAUUGGGGGGAUUUCUAUGUUUUUACCUGUUCUUAUUUUUUAUCUAUAAGUCCCUGUCAGGCGGUGGGGUGAGGAAUGUGGAGUAUAAAUAAAUAUAUAAUUAUUAUAAUUGUGGCAGCUGUGAGACUCCCACAAUGUUUACCUGCAGACUUCAAACCAGACUUGCUCCCUAUGUAUUUCAUAAUCAAGAUGGUGGUGAUAUUCAGUAGUUAAAACAGUGGAUUGUUAACAACCCUAUUUGCCUUUAAAAAAAGUAUAUCCAAUUGCUGCCUUGGGUUCAAUUUAUCAAUCCAACAGGCUCUAUUGGUGAAAGUUUCUCCUGUGCUUUAUAACUUCUGGGUUAUAACUUCUUGUCUCAGCGUUCUUCUCAGGAAAAGAAAAAUACCUUGGCACAUAGUCUUGUCUAUAGUGUGAAACUAUUAAACUUCUCCAAGUUGGAUGUAUGUAAGGGGGGGGGGGGAGAGAUGACCUUAUUUUAUAUUCUUUCCAAAAAUAUGUAAGCCACUUGAUGAUUUAAAAAUAACUCCUCAAAGUGGUUUACAAUGAAAAAGAGAUAUUAAGAGCUGCUGCAUGUUAGCUCCCUAAGUAUAUUGAACUGAUAAGGCGCUGAAAGGUCUCUGUAUAACUUUAGAGAACUACUUUGUGAUAGACAGGUGAAACGUGUAGAUGGAUGUUAUCAUAUGUCUUGAUGUGUUUGCAGGUAAACUGUAGCAGAGGCCUUCAGUACUACUAGGUGUUUUUUACUCUUGCCUUAAUUGGUGAGUGAAAUACUGCUGGAAUGCAUCAGAAGCUCCUGAAGAGUGCUCAUUACAUUGAGCUUGGAAGUUACCAGUACUGGCCGGUUUUGGUCCCUCGGGGAAUUCGCUUAUACACCUAUGAGCAGAUUCCAGUGUUCCUUAAGGACAAUCCAUACAUCACAGAUGGCUACAGAGCAUACCUACCUUCCAGGCUAUGUUUGAAAAGGUAUGGAAUUGAUCCAAAUGGUUCAACUUUGAAGUACAACAUCAGGCCUAAGUAGUUGAUGGAUUUAAUACUUUUACUUGAAAACCACUUGUUUCACUAAAUGUCUUGCUUUUCUGUAAUCAAAGAAGCUAGCAAAGUAAGGGCAUACAUUUCAUUAAAUAUGCUUCUUUAUGAGAGUUUAUACAGCCUUUUGUCUCUGCUGACCCAACUGCUGAUCCUGUUUCAAAGUGUAGAGCCAGAUGUCCUGCUACUUUUGCCAGUGCAAUAAAUUAAGUUGGUUAGAGUGUGGUGCUGAUAACUCCAAGACUGCAGGUUCAAUCCCCAUAAAGGCACCUGCAUAUUCCGGCAUCACGGGGUUGGACUAGAUGACCCUCAAGGUCCCUUUCAACUCUGCAGUUCUAUGAAUGCAAAGGAAUGCAAAGCUCUGUGAAUGCAACCAAGCAUUAGUAGAAAUGAGCCACACAAGAGAGCAGGAUGAAUACUGACUAGCUUGCAUAAGAGCAAUAGAGAAUACAGCAAGCGUCUAAUCUGGAACACAUGAUCAGGGUGUCAGUUACAAAAAUUGUUCCUUUGACCUUGCUCAUAGUCAUUACUGUUUUCUUCUCCAUUUCCCAGCCUAUUCAUUUUAUCCAAUGAAACAGUUAACAUCUGGAGUCACUUACUGGGCUUCUUCCUCUUCUUCACUUUGGGCAUAUAUGACAUGACUUCUGUGUUGCCUUCAGCGAGUGCCUCUAGAGAAGAUUUUGUUAUUUGUUCUAUUUGUCUCUUCUGCUUUCAAGUAAGUCCCUUGGUAAAUUGCAGUCAAACAUUUUUUGUGCUUGUGUCAGGGACAACAGACAGGAAAAAAGGUCUGCAUUCUGUCAAAAGCUGAGGCUUGUAGAUUCUUUCUGCUAACUCUAGCCCACUUACAGUGUCUUGACACUGGUGGUUGGAGAACCUGCGUUCAGGCCACCUCAGCCUUAUAUUGUAUUUAUUUAAGUAAACAUUUUGCUUCCUGUUCUCAUUUAAAAUCAGUUGCACCAAACAACCUAUGAAUAAGCUACAAGCUUCACUCCACUGCAGAUUGAAAGGGGGGGACUGUUACUAGGGCCUAGAUUAUAGAAUAUCUUGCCCCAUACAUUAUGGUUUUUUCCAGGCUGAUGGCUUUUUGUGAUGCAACGAUAUUUUUUAAACUUAGCUGCUGAGCCUGUCUUCAUUUCACACUGUAGCUGGCUGUUUUAAGCUGUCCUGAGUGAGGCAAAUGCAUUGAGAGAGUGGAUAUACAUUUCCUAACAAAUUGAAAAAUGUCCCCAUGCCUUUGUGAGUAUUUAGUGGAGUCAAGCAUCUUUAUUGGUUGAGGCCAAGGUGCCUGGGGUGCUUCAGGAGGCUAGGGACAAAACAAGCUUUGCAUUCUCACCUGGGAGUAAAGCCUGUGGGCCUUGCAUCAGAGUAAGCAUGCAUAGGAUUGUACUGAAGCGGGACCUGCGGUGAGGCUGAAGAUUUGAUCUCUGCCACUUCUGGUUGAGGUAAAGCAGACUUCUUAAGAUAUAUGGGGUGUCACUUGACUAAAGAAAUCAUUUUGAUAAUGUUGUAAAAUAGCAAUGCAGCAUAUCUGUGUUUGGGUAAAAACAAUAGUUCCAAAGGAAGAAGUAUUAAAACAUGAGUCUUUAAAAAUCUGCUGCCUGAUUAAUCAGGGCUACCUUUUUAGUCAAUUAAGUAACAGAGAUCAGACCAGAAUUCUUUUCUAGCAGCAGACCAAUCUUCCUCUUGCAGAUCCAAAAUCCUAAAAUUUAAUCCAGUUGCUUUUAAAGUUGUUACUGCUUGACGCUGAAGAUACUAGACUUUGAGGAAAUUAAUGCAAUUUGUUUGAAUGUUUUUAUAGGUCUGUAUGCUUUGCUCAGUAGGGUAUCACCUCUUCUGUUGUCAUCGCUCAGAGAAGACCGGUCGACGGUGGAUGGCACUGGAUUAUGCAGGAAUUUCCAUUGGUAUCCUGGGCUGUUAUGUAUCUGGAGUCUUUUACGCAUUUUAUUGCAAUAAUGUAAGUUUAACAGUCAGGUUGACUGGUGUAGCUUUCCCAUGGAUAAAAAUCAAAUAAAAAGUAGAUCUAAAGGAGAAAAAUUUCUAAACUUUGAAAAAUUCAGCAGUUUUAGUCUUGCUUUAAUAUAAGUGUAUAUAGAUAGAGUUAUAGAUGAUAUAGUUAUAUUAUGCAUGUGCUAUUUUAAUUUUUUUAAAAACAGACUUUGAGGUCAGGUUAGUGUUCUAGCUUGAAAUGCAGAAUUUUUGUCCUGAACAAGUGUACCGUAUUUCAUAGUCCAAGAGAGACAGUAUGUUGCAUGCAAGGAAUCAAACUACUCAGCAGCCUCACUUUUCUCAGCCGGUUUAACAAGAGGCAGCUGAAGAAAUGUCCAUGGAUCUCCUAAACUGGAUCUUCCACAAUACUGUGUGGUAUGAAAUGUUUUAAGAUCAUUCUGUUCUGUUAUGGCAGCUCAACUAUAUUUCCAACCUCUUUUCUAAGGAAAAAGAAAAUAUUAAAGGCAAUCUUUCCCGAUAGGAAGGAGUGGAGUGUUUUUAUAUAUUAAAUGACAGUUCUCCAGAGUAAAUGUCGGUUCUUUAAGAAUCCUGCAGUAGAUAAUUUGAUUGCCUUGGUUAAUCAUGCAGUUCAUUGCUUGAAAUUGUGGGUGCAUCUAAUAGUUGGUUGCAGUUGCUAGCAUCGGCAUAAAAUAAAUCCUGCCUGUGGAAGGUAUUUUAACUACCAGUAUAAACCCUGGAAUGUGUGGCAUUUUCUCAAGGAAAAAGUGACUAAGUGACCAAGCUGUCAGUAUGAAAAGCUGUCAGUAUUUCUAUAUAUUUUAAACAGUGUGUUAAUGUUCAUAAUACUGUCGUACCUCAGAAGUCGAACGCCUUGCUAGUCGAACAUUUUGGCUCCCAAAUUCCACAAACCCAGAAGUGAGUGUUCCGGUUUGCGAACGUUCUUUGGAACCCAAACGUCCGACUCGGGUUCUGUGGCUUCCAAUUGGCUGCAGGAGCUUCUGUUUGACUUCCGAGGUACGACUAAAUUGAAAUCUGCUUUAGAGCGAUUUAUAGAAUUAUAGAUUUGGAAGGGACCCAAGGGUCCAACCCCCUGUAAUGCAGGGAUCUAAAUUGUUACUCCAAUCUGUAUAAUGAGGAAUGAAGAAGCUUGCCUGUAAAACUACUACACGUUUUGAGGGAGAGCCCUGUUCAAGAGGGACUUCAAAACACGUGGCAUCAAAUGAAACAUGUUGAAAUAAAUAAUUGAAUCUGGAUUUUAAAAAAUAAAAUAAUUCUGUUGCUUAGAUGUAAAACACACUUUUAUUGUAUGUGCCAAAAGAGAAUACAGUGCUACCUUUGUGCCUUUUGUAGCUCUGCUGCAAUCUGGAAAAGGCUGCUUUAAAAGCACAUUCCAAAAUUUGGGAAAAAUCCAUUUCAUUUUGCUCUAUUUUGAUGCAUAUAUUUUAUUCUUAUCACUUAGUGGCUGCCUACUUUGUUUCCCUCCUUUUUCCAGUACUGGCGUCAAGUAUACUUGAUCACUGUCCUUGCUAUGAUCUUGGCAGUAUUCUUUGCCCAGAUCCACCCCAGUUACCUCACUCAGCAGUGGCACAGGCUGCGCUCAGUCAUCUUUUGCUCUGUGUCAGGUUACGGAAUCAUUCCUACCAUCCACUGGGUUUGGCUCAACGGAGGUGUUGGUGCGUCUAUUGUGCAGGUAAGCUAAGGACUCACCAGGCUUGCAUCCCAAACCUAACUGGGUUUUGCUCCAAAGUACCAUAUUUUCCUAUGUAUAAGAUGAGGUUUUUUGCUUUAAAAUUUUAGUUAAAAAAUGGGGGGUCUUAUACAUGGAGGAUGGGCAUACAGGGGAGGGAUUUUUUCCAAUUUUAAACAAAUGCCCAGGAUUUUGGCUUGGGUGGACUGAGGCAGUCCCUACAGCCACUGUCCCCUCACUGUCUUCCCCAUGCUGGCUGCGUGCUGGUGACUGGCUCGCCUCCUGCGGCCCCUGCCAGCUUGACCACCAGAGCAAGAGCAGCAGCUGCCGAGAGCUGCCUCAGCUACCUCUUCUUGCACUUCUUUCCUUUUUUUCUCUUGCCCUCAAACCCCUGCCCCUGGCCUGCUCCUGCCUUCCUUGGCUCAGUUUGCCCUAGCUGCCUUCCCCGUGCUCUGCCUCAGUGUUCUGCUUGGGAGCCUCUUGCCAAUUGCUUGCAUCCAGAAACAGCCACCGCUGAGGGGGAACAGUUUCCAUACCACUGGGUGCUGGAAACUUUGAGGGUGAUCUUGCCCAACAAAAGGGACACGGGUGGCGCUCUGGGUUAAACCACAGAGCCUAGGGCUUGCUGUUCAAAAGGUCAGCGGUUCGAAUCCCCGUGACAGGUUGAGCUCCCUUUGCUCGGUUCCAGCUCUUGCCAACCUAGCAGUUCAAAAGCACAUCAAAGUGCAAGUAGAUAAAUAGGUACCACGCCAGGGGGAAGGUAAACAGCGUUUCCAUGCGAUGCUCUGGUUCACCAGAAGCGGCUUAGUCAUGCUGGCCACAUGACCCGGAAGCUGUAUGCCGGCUCCCUUGGCCAGUAAAGCGAGAUGAGCGCCGCAACCCCAGAGUCGUCCACGACUGGACCUAACGGUCAGGGGUCCCUUUACCUUUACCUGCCCAACAAAAAUUCAACAACUUUCUGCCCCCACUUCUGCUGUAGGGUUGUGUUUCCUUAAACUUUGGAUUCAAAAAAAUAGGGGUCGUCUUAUACAUGGGGCAUCUCAUACAUGGAAAAAUACAGUAAGUUCCAUUGACUUUAUUAAGACUUCAUGAUCAGCUGGUUUAGGAAUGGCACCUUUUACUUUAUCCUUUUUUUAAAGGAACAUUUUCUAUAAACAAACACAAUGGCAAAGAACAGUAGAAAUGGAAACUUAGAUUGCAUUGUUAGAUUGCAUUGUUUGUUUUUCAGUUGUGUACAUCAUUAGCCUUGAUCCACGGUAGUUAGCUUGAUAGCUACAAAGACAUAAUGAAGGGUGUGGAGAGAAGAGCUUUGUUGUGGGAGAGUUCUUCUGUAAAAGAAGCUUGUAUCCACCUUGGCUUCUUUUUUUAGGAACAUAAUUGACUCUGGAGAAAAGCUAUGGGGAGAAGGUGGCUCAGGAAUGUUCAAGGUGCAUAAAUUCUGUUUGUGCCUUUUGCUUAGAAACAAGAAAAUCAAGUUAGUAGACCUGGGUUGCAUCCUGGUUUUAGGAACCUACUUAACAAUUUAGGGACCUACUUAACAUUUUAAAUCUGUUGAAAUGGAUUGCUGUCUUGCCUCUCAGGUAUUAGAUAGAUAGAAAGAAAGAUGGAUGAGGAUCUUGCUAACCCCUUUCUGCUGCUUUUUUCUUUCAGGAAUUUGCUCCCCGUGUGAUUGUGAUGUACUUGAUCGCUGCCAUAGCAUUUCUCUUUUAUAUUUCUAAAGUCCCAGAAAGAUAUUUCCCAGGUAGGGCUGAUUUUUUUUGGUAGCUGAAUUAUCCAGGGCACAGGCCAUUCACUGUUAAUUAAAGGUUGUGGGAGCACUUAUUGCCCUCUACCUCUCUUCCCCAUGGCUGUUGUUCCCAGCUGUAUGGUAUAAUAAAGGAGCAUGCCAUGUGCCUCCAUGCACAAGUUUUUAAAUACCUACCUAAGAAUUCAGCUCCCAGAACGCACCCAAAGGUACAUCUUGCCCAGUGUUCUUGUUUCUAACAGUACAACGCUAAGUGGCUUGGUAGCUAACGUGAAAGGAAUGCCACCCCUGUUGGAAAGAGAAUUGUCUGAGAAGGUCUAGUAUUAUUUUGUUUCCCAGAAAUACAUUAUGAUGCUGGGAAUCUGUCUCACAUUCUGACUGGGAAGGAGACUUAUCUCAGCCAGACCACUUUGUGUUACACUGGAAUAAACCUACCCUGGUGCGUCAAAGCACUGUCCCAACGCAUAGAAGUAGCUUCUGCUACUGAAUGUUUUAGCUAAAUUAAUGUGUGUGUUUUUCUUUUCCAACAGGGCAGUUAAACUACCUCGGCUCGAGCCACCAAGUAUGGCACAUCCUUGCAGUAGUGAUGCUGUACUGGUGGCAUCAGUCUACCGUCUACAUCAUGCAGUAUAGACACAGCAAACCUUGCCCUGACCAUAGUGCACAUUAGCACGCAAAGGUGUGGCGGUUUCCUGUGCAGGAGGAGAUGAAGAUAGACUGGGUUGUGAUGGGCAAGGGGUUUUGCCUUUUUGUUGCCACAGUUAAAAAGACAGUGGUUGCCCAGAAGUUAUAAAGGGUCUCCAGCUGGCUAUUCAGGAAGAGGAGUCCUUUGGGGGGUAAACUGGACAGUAACAAAAGCCCUGGAGCUCUUAGGUCACCAGCUGGAAAGGAGACAGAGUACUGCAUGCUUCCCUUUUCACUUGUGCUUCUGCUGCUCCUGAUUCAUAGAAAGCUGCUUUAUACAGAGUCAGACCAUUGGUCUGCCUAAACUUGGAAUUGCACCCUAACUGGCAGGAGAUGCCAGGGAUUGAAGCUGGGGUAUAUAUAUAUAUUUGCAUGCAAAGCAUAUACUCCACUAAUGAGCAUUUCAGUUCCUCUUUAGAGACCUUAUCCCUGCAGUAUUAAUUCUGUGUUCUCCUAGCUUCCUUGUAUUUGGGCUCAACAGCCUCUCUUACCGGGACAGCUGUUAAAUCAUGUGGCGGUGCUGUGGCACCUGAAUCCCUGAAUUCACUUCUUUGAAUUCGGACUCCACUAUAUAGGCUCACAGGUGGGUCUAAAGUCAGAUGGCCCCUGCUGAGGAAAGUGAUGGGGACCCAAAUAUUUUGCAUUGACUCCCCUUAGGUUGCUAUUUAAUAGCUCUACUUUAAGGGACAGAAAUUCCAGGGAAGGGGCGGUGCUGGAAUGUGGCCUACCACUGUGAAGAAACAGGGAGCAUUUUGAAGUAUACAACAGGCGCGUUCCAGUCCCCAAAACCUUCUUGGAAAAUCUUUUCCCAUUGGUGUCCAGGACCGUGUCGAUGCCUAACUUUUUCAAACUGCAGUAGUUUAACUGCUCAGCGUAAUAGGCAAGGAAAAUACUGGUUUUCUGUAUGAUUUAUGAGGCCCCUUUGUGAAGGAUUAAACCCUGCCACUUCUGAUUUCACCGCAUGCUGGGAAGAGAGGACUUUCCACAAUUUGAUUGCACAUAUUGAAGACUCUGCAUUCUACAAAACUUGUUCCACUUUUUUUUCUGAAAUAACAGCUGCUGAUGGUGGCAUCAACUUUCUUUUACUGCUUCCCAAGGGAUCUCUCCUUUGUUUUGUUUACGGUCUAUGUUCACGGCAAAAAGUCCCACCAAUGCUGUUUACAUAAAUAUAUAAAACUAAACUUGCUACCAAAAUGUCACCACUUAAAGCACAGCAGUUGGAAAGUCCAACCGAGCAAUCCAUGAAAUGUAAGCCAUUUCAAAAUUGUUUUAAACCAGCCCAUCUUCUAAAAGGCCUAUUUAAAAGCCAGAACGGAUUAGCCCAACUAUAUUAUAUACCCCUUGGGAAUGAUGUUCCACAAAUGAGGAACCAUCGCUGAGAAAACCCUAUGCCUAGUACCCAUUUAUGGUACAUUGUAGAUCCCUCAUCCUCCUUUUCCUAUUUUGUACAUCUUCCCAGACCAAAUAUGAGGAAACCAAAUGACUGACCAACCCAUUUACUUUUGUUUCCCCACCCCACCCCAAAAAAACCCCUGCAGAGGCUGACCAUCCCCACUACCUCACUGGCUGCGGGAGGUUGAUCAUGAGAUUACUUGCAGUCUUUUGAAACUGAUUAAUUUUAUUUAUUUAUUUUAUUUCAGUCUUAUCAUUGUACGCCAAUUUCAGAGGCAGCACCCAAAGCUGCUGUUCUCUUUCCCUUCACAUGUUAAGAGGCAAUAAGUUUAGCAGUCAUGCCAAAGACCAUGGAAGAGGUCACCAGCAGCCAAAUAGCUUGGUGAACUCUUGUUGUUGGCCACAGUAGAACAAAUCAAAUUUGUUCAAACUACUGAUAAACAAAUGGCAGAAAUUGCCAGGAAACUAUUUCUUCUGAUAGGCUGAGGAAACAUCCCCCAGUAUGCAUGUGCGGUUCCCGUGACAAAUUCUCAUUCCAGGAUGUAACAUUAUAAGUUGAAAAUAUAUUAUGUUUACUGUAUGUGCAACAUGUUCUGUGUCCUUGCACUGAUGUCUGUGUUAUAAUUUAAACAUGGAAUUUUACUUGAUUCCCCCCUCCCUUUCUGUAGAACAGUAUCUGUUAGUCUAUAUCAUAGACUAAUCUUUGGAAAAGAAGUUGGGAUGCCCCAGUAAUUGUAAAUUUUGGGGUGCUCUUCAAAAUGCGGUUUAGCAGUGAGUCAGAAAUUUGGGGUCCCUUGAUUAAACAUGUCUCAGUGCCCAAGGUUUUUUGUCAAAUACAGUGGACGCUCGGGCUGCAAACGUGAUCCGUGCGGGGUGCACGUUCGCAACCCACAGCGGUGCAUCUGUGCACGCACAGGUGGCAAUUCGGCGCAUGCGUAAAGCACGAUUUAGCGCUUCUGUGCAUGCGCGACCGCCGAAACCCGGAAGUAACCCGCUCUGGUACUUCCGGGUUUUGGCGGGUGUGUAACCCAAAAAAACGCAGCCUGAAGCAGCUGUAACCCAAGGUAUGACUAUACUGACAUGAAGCACAAAUCAACAUUUUAGCAGUGAUGGCACUAAGGAGAAUUGCUCUUGAGUGAUGUUUUAAGAGAAUAGCAUUUAUCUGUUGACAAACAGAGCAGCUGCUCCUUGCCUAGCCAUUGGCAGAUGUUGGGGUGUAGCCACUUUGUUUCAAAGUUCCAGCUGACACGUCUCAGCUUGAAUUGUAGACUUUGCUAGGGUGUAACAAAGUAAACCUACCCUUUUGCAUGGCAAAUUUGGAAAAAAGUAACAACAGCUAGGGAACAGUCCCAUGGGUUUUCUUCUUCAGAAAACCAGUGCCUCCGGAGGCAAGGUGGGAUGUAAAAGUAAUUUGCUUGUAUAGUCAAGGGAACUCUAAAAGUGUAUACUUUAUAGCUUUAGUUAGAAAGCUGUAGAGAACUGGUCCACCAAAACCUACGUGCUUUUAAAGAAAAUGCUAAGUUUUUGUUUACAGCUUCUUGCAUUAUAGAGAAGCAACUCCUUUUUGAGAAUUCACUUUUCCACUGGCCCGCACCACCAUCCUUGUUUUAAUUUUGCAUUUAAUGCAUUGUUUUUCUAAAAACAAAGUCUAGGAUAUAAAUGUUUAGUAUUGCAAUUGGAAGAGUUGAGUUCAAUUGAACUCCAGUUUGUAUAGCUGUAUAAAAAAACCUUUUGUAAAUGUCAAACCUGUGCAUGCGUCGUUUCUAAUAUUUAUUUUUAAGGAGCUGUGAUUAUAAAUGAGCUUUCUGACGAGAGAGCUCUUCAAGACAAUAGAAAAUGGAAUGCAGAAUGGUGAAACACUACUAUAGAUUUUCUGCCUUCUAAGCUUAAUAAUUGUGAUUGUCAGCCAGCAAACAUGUACCAUUAUCUGCUGUUCGAGCCUCAUUUUUAAGUUACACUAUAAGCCUUGCUUAAAUACAGUGACACAUACUGCUGUGCCUUUAAAAAAUGUUUUGAUUCCUUUAUCCGUGUUCAACUAGAUGUACAAAGGAAGGUUGCUGCAAUCUAUUCAAGUUGUACCAAUAUGUAUUAUGUAAAUAGCUCCUCUGCGAAUAAAAUUGUUUGUUGGCAAAUGUACUUGCUCUUCUGUUUGUGAGAGACAAGCAAUGUGUUGGGCUCUAUAGAGGCCUGAGCUGCACAGGUGGGACGGCCUCUCC